AUGGUCGCCGACGCCCUCAUCUACCACCCGUCCGUAUCGCACUACAACAAGUUCGUAGCCACCACCGUCGGCCGCGACAAGAUCCUCCGCACCCUCCAGUACUUUGCCCGCUUCUACGCCUGGUACCUCUUCCGCACCAAUGGCUCCAAGGCCGAGAUCGCCCCCUGGGACGCCAUCAAGAAGCAGUUCGGCCUGACCCGCAAGAUCAUGCGCAUCGGCAAAAACGUCGAGCACUUCAAGGCCGCCGCCGUCGCCUCCGACGCGAAAACAAUGGACCCCGUCCUCCGCUACGCCGCCGUCGGUCGCCAGCUGGGCUACGCCGGCUACCUCACUUUCGACGCUGCCACCGUCCUUGACGCCGCCGGCAUCAAGAAGUGGGAGGGCGCAAAGAGGCUGCAAAAGGAGGCCUACCGCUUCUGGGCCAUCGGCAUCAUCUUCAGCGUCGUCGCCCAGACCUACACCCUCUACCGUCUCCAGCAGCGCGAGGCCAAGGUCGACAAGAAGGAGGGCGAAGGUGUCGUCGAGGCUAAGAGAAUAGCAAUUGAGCGCGCCGCGGGCCGCCUGCAACUCAUCUCCGACCUCUGCGACUUGACCGUCCCCACCUCUGCCCUUGCAUGGGCCAACUUCGACGACGGUCUCGUCGGCCUCGCUGGUACCGUUAGCAGUUUGAUUGGCGUGUAUACCCAGUGGAAGAAGACGGCAUGA